AUGGCCGAUCCUCACAUGAGACAGAUCAAGAUCAAGACUGGCAUGGUAGAGCGACUGGUCAAAGAAAAAGUGAUCGGCGAGAAGAAAAGAUUGGGAAAGGUGAAGCCUGAAGAUGGUGAAAACAAUGCCUUUAAGAAGCAAGCAGAGAUGCUGCAAGCAUCCCGGGUGAUGAGCCCAGAUUGCCAGCAGCAGUUGGAGGCUGCACAUACUGAACGUCAGCAGAUAUUAGAAAGUAAUAAAGGCUUGGAGGAAGCUAAGGAGCAUGAAGAAACACACGUAGCACUCGAUUCAGUGACGUUAGAAGCCUGA